AUGGCAUUAGGAUUGCAUCCCGUGUUCUCAGGUCCAUUCCGCUACGGGUUCCCCCCCAACAGCAACAAUGGCUGGUCUUUGCAAGCGAGUGGUCAAUUGCCUUUACAUAUCUGCAGCGUGUCGCUUGAUGGGUCUGUACCGCAGAGCUUCUGGGAGGAUUCUGUCAGCAGGAAUUGUCUGUAUCAAGUUUUGCAAUCCAAUGCGUUGCAACAGCAGCGGCUGCUUAUAGGCAGUGGCGCCGUAAGUGCAAGUUCUACACUCUGGGAUUUUGACGUGCCCGCGGUGGGACCGUCGGCGGUCCGUGAACCUGCAACUUUGCAAAGUACGGUACCUGAAUUGGGUAAUCAAGACAGUGAAUGCGAGCGGGAAGUUGUCCCGGAGACGAAAAUUACGACCGAUAGUGACUUGUCCCCGCUGCUCAAUAAACAUGAAAACUGCAAACGGCGCAAUUCGGUCAAUGCCGGUGGAUCAGCGACCGUACCGUCCAAUACAAUGCCUAAGAAUAAGACUGCAGAGGUGAAAUCGAACGGUAAGAAUGCGAACUCUAAGAAGAGGCGCGAUGCGGAGGACAUACAGGAUAUCCGUUUACGGUUCCUAAUCUCGAAUCACGAGGCUGAAAUGCUCCUGGGCCCCGAUUCUAUCACGCUACAACUCAUCAGGAAAACCUUCCAGAUUAAAAUGGCCAUCACCAGGAAACGAGAGGACUGUUCUGAUAGAUUGUUGCUGUGCAGGGGUGAGCCCAAAAAUCUGUCCUCAGCUUUGGCUUUUGUCGUGGGCACGCUUGUCGAUUCGAUAGAGCCUGCGCUUAGGAACAAAUACCAGGCGUACAGGUUCCUCAAACAAUGGAUGGGCAGCCCAAGCGAGGAAAAGUUCCCACAUGUCGAUGACCUCUCCGACGUCUACACAAUCCACAUAGUUGCGAGCAACAGCCAGCUCUCUCGUGUGUUCGGGAAGAACGGCGCCGUGCUGUCGAGCCUGCACAGGAGGUAUGACGUGAAGAUGCUCGCUACAAGGGAGUUUCUGCCGGACUCGGACGAGAGGAUCCUCGAAAUACAGGGCAUCGCAAAGUCCAUUGCAGAGGCAGCACUGCACGUCGGGAAGAUUCUUGCUCGGAGGGGGAACGACAUCGAGUACUUCAACGAGAGGUACUACUACCCUCACAACCCGAAACGGGAUGCGAUGAACUUCAACGCGUCCGCCUUGCAGAGGAGUAAACCUAGCACGGCGAGGGAACAGACACAAGGCCACGCGAGGCCAAAAUCGAACUCGUCAUCGUCAGUGCAGGUUGACAACUCGGACACCAACAGGGACCAACGGGUUAAUGGGGCUCGAUCAAAAUCAUACCCGCCGCCUGCACGUAAGGGUAAAACAGAUACUACUAUGGGGCAGUCUGAUAACGACACCGGGUUCAAGUCAACUGCAUCUGCGGGACAGAAGCACAAGGCGGGCGCCGGGAAGGAACAAUCGAAUAACAACACCGGAUCCAAAUCGAAUGCAUUACCGGGACAGAAGGACAAAGCAAGCACCGGAAAGGAACAGUCUGUUAACGAUACUCGGUCAAAAUUGAGUCGCUCUUCGGCACAAAAGAGUAAAGUGGACGCCACGAGGGAACAUUCAGAUAAAGACACCGGGUCCAAGUCCGAUGCAUCUUUGGGACAAAAGGAUAAGGAACGCGCCGGGAAGGGGCAGUCAGGUAACGAUUCUCGGUCGAAAUUGAAUUCAUCUCCAGGGCAGAAGUGUAAGGCGGAUGCCAUGAGAGGCCAACCAAAUAAUUGGACUAGGGCGAAGUCGAAUGCAUCACAGUUACAGAAGGGCAAGACUGAUGCCAAGAAAGAGCAAUUUCGUAAUCACAUCCGGUCAAAGUCAAAUUCUUCGCCAUUGCAAAAGGGUAAGGCGGAUGUCAAGAAGGAGCAAUCCCGUAAUCAGGUCCGAUCAAAGUCGAAUACAUCAUCUUCACAGAGGGGUAAAGGGGGUACCACAAAGGAGCAACCAGCUAAUGAGACUGGGCCUGAAUCAAAUACAGAUUUAUCAGACAAAGGGAAAGCGGAUGUCACGAAGCAACAAUUAGAUAGCGAUCGGUCAAAGGCGAACGGAUCACCGUUACAGAAAGGUAAAUCAGAUUUAAAGAAAGAUCGAUUACACAAUCACACUCGCUCAAAGUCGAACUCCUCGCAGACUGAUAGAGUGGAACCCGUUUCAACUGCACGUACGAAGAAGCAGUCUCAUAACGACUCCCGUUCAAAGGUAAAUUCUUCUUCUUCACAGAAGAGUAAAACAUCAAGGCACAUAGAUGAGUCAAUAUAA